AUGGCUCCUAAUGGUACUGCUGCCCAACAGGCCGUCGUCUGUCAUGCUGGACUUGAUCUCAGGGUCGAAGACAGAGAGAUUCCAGCUCCCAAGCCUGAAGAGGUUCAGAUUAAGGUAGCAAUGACUGGCUUGUGUGGAUCCGAUCUCCACUACUAUCUGCACGGUGCCAACGGUGCUUUCAAGAUCCAAAAGCCUCUCGUCUUGGGACACGAAGCCUGUGGAAUCAUUACUUCUCUCGGCUCCUCUGUGAACCCCGCUCUCAAUCUCAACGUCGGCGACCGCGUCGCGAUGGAAGUCGGUGUCUACUGCAAAGCUUGCAAGCAGUGCAGACGGGGACGAUACAAUUUGUGCGCGAAGAUGAGGUUUGCGAGCUCUGCAAAGACCUUCCCGCAUCUGGAUGGUACAUUGAGAGAAGUCAUGACUUGGCCCGCUGAUUUGGUAUACAAACUGCCGCCUGACCUCGAACUUCCCCUCGCUGCCCUUGCCGAGCCCCUCUCCGUCGUCCUUCACGCCUACCGUCGAGCUCAACUCACUCCCGGCGCUCGUGUCCUCAUCAUCGGUGCGGGUGCCGUCGGUCUCCUCACCUGUGCCCUUGCCCGGGCCUCCGGCUGUACAUCGGUCGUGGCUGUCGAUAUCGAACAAGGCAAGCUUGUCUUUGCCAAGGAGCAACAAUGGGCGACGGACGUCUUUACAUUGCCUAAAGGCCCGAGAGUCAGUGGGCUGGAAGCGUUGGAAGUCGCUGGCGGUCAUUGGGAGGCUUUACAGAAGAGCCAGGCCGUCCAGAGUGUCGAAGGACUGGAAGAUGGGUUUGACGCGGCCGCUGCUAUCGGUACCAAAGUUUUGUUUGUCGGUAUGGGAACCAAAGUCCUCUCCCUCCCUACUGGCCCAUCCCUAUUGUCUGAAGUGGACCUCAUCGGCGUUUUCCGGUACUGCAACACCUACCCCGACGCCCUCGCUCUUCUUGCUUCCGGAAAGCUGGGCGAUGUGAGCAAGAUGGCUAGCCAUUACUAUGCGUUGGAGGAUGCCGAGGUCGCAUUUGAGGAUCUGAAGCGAGGCAAGGAUAAGAAUGGCAGGACGGUGAUCAAGCCCAUGGUCGGAAACCUCGAGCUUUGCGGCAUCCAGAAGUAG